CAAAGUCUCUGUCUUACAAGUCAACGGGAACGGACUAGUCCUACUGCCCUUUCUUCCGCUUGCCGUCUCCGCUUUCCCUUCACUUUCGCACUCCGCGGCAUUUUCAACGGGCGCCGGCGGGAAAGAAAGAAAAAGGAGAAACAAUUUUUAGAUGGCGGCGGCGGCGGCGAAGAUUGCUCCGUCGAUGCUGUCCUCGGACUUCUCAAAUCUGGCGACAGAGGCUCAGCGGAUGCUCGAUUGCGGCGCCGAUUGGCUUCACAUGGACAUCAUGGAUGGGUACGUUGGAAAGUUACUUGGUCUGGGAAAUGACCAUUUUUCUGGUUCAAUUUCUUUUCACCUACUUUUUACCCCAUGCUGUUCAUCCAAGCUCUUGUGUCGAAUUUGUUGAUCACCCCGUAUCAAUCUGUCUGUCCAUUUAUCUGGGUUUGUUUUUGUUCUACUUGGAGCUGCUCCUUAAGAUAAAAAGAUCCUUGCUUGGAAUGGAAAUGGAGAAUUCGUUCAGUUAUUCGAUGUUUUGCUUUGACUGUCCGUGCUAGGGUUCAAGCGGAUGAAACAGUGUUGUGCCACGAAAUUGGAAUUUAUGUUUGUCUGCAUUCCAAUCAAACUUGGUCUAUUCUUGCCACUUUGUUCCAAAUUUAACCAUUGGUGCUCCGGUGAUUGAGAGCUUGAGGAAGCACACCAAGGCAUACCUAGACUGCCACCUGAUGGUCACAAACCCUCUUGAUUAUGUUGAGUCUUUCGGUAAAGCAGGUGCUUCAGGAUUUACAUUUCACAUUGAAGCUGCCAGAGAAAAUUGGAAUGAACUGAUUCAGAAAAUAAAAGCUAAGGGCAUGAAGCCUGGUGUGUCGCUGAAACCUGGAACUCCCAUCGAAGAGGUUUAUCCUCUGGUUGAAGGUGAAAAUCACGUUGAUUUAGUCCUUGUGAUGACUGUGGAACCUGGUUUUGGAGGACAGAAAUUCAUGCCUGAAAUGAUGGACAAGGUACGGAGGCUGAGACAGAAGUAUCCAUCCCUUGAUAUAGAGGUGGAUGGUGGGUUAGGUCCAUCAACGAUUGAUGCAGCAGCAUCAGCCGGAGCAAACUGCAUUGUGGCAGGGAGCUCGGUGUUUGGCGCUCCUGAGCCAGCGCAAGUAAUAUCCCUCAUGAGAAAUCGAGUGGAGGGAGUUAAAGCUGCCUGGUAACUGGAGAUUCACCAGAGCACAUUCAUGAGUAAUGUACAUUACUACCUGACUGUUGUGUCCCAUUUUGGGGGUUUGGCCUAUCACGCCAUUGUUGUUGUUGUCUGUCUCUUGCAUUCCAUGCCUCCAUGUUCAUGAUCUAUAGAAAUAAACAUCCCGGGACAUGAUAUUUAAGGGUGAGCGAUGUUCAACCCAUAUCAGAUUGAAUUAAAGCGGAUCAUAUAUAAUUCGAUUUUUCAUUCUCUAGUUUUUGGUUUCGAUCUCUGAGUGUCUUCAUAAAGCAAACAAAAAAACUCAAGAUUAGAUGUGCUUUUGAUUUGAUAUCGUUUUUCGUUCCGAUAUUUUCGAUCACGACUUAUUUUUGACCAGAUUGAAUCAUGC